GAUAGUAGAAUUUACCCCAAAAGCUUUGUCCGAUUAAUAACCCUAUGCGGUUCGUUGGCCCUUCCAAUCAUGCUUCAAGCUCACGUGAGCAAUACUUCCUCAACCAAAUCCACGCGUCGCUCCAGUAAAACGAGUACACAUCCACCUAUUUUCUCCGUUGCUGUAGCUGUCUAG